GAGGAGGAAAGGGAGGACAGCCAAAGAGGUAGAAAAGUCACAGAGCCAAAGAGAACCUAGAACCCGGAACCUGGAACCUUGAGACUGGAAAGGACCAUUUAGGUCAUCUUGUCCAAUCUGCUCAUUUUAUAGAGGAGGAAAUUGAAAGCCAGCGGAGAAAUCACUUGCCUUGGGUAACUUAGAGGCCCAGCCAGGACUAGAACCCAAGCCUCUUUCAUUCUAGUCUAGGGUCGCCUUUUUAAGCCUCUAAAGGGGGAGGUUAGGGCAAUAAGAGGUGGGGGCUGACUUGGAAAAAUAGGAUUAGGGCAAAGGGCAGAGAGACAUUAGUCCAGCAUAUCCCAGUGGCAAUCUUCUGGACAAACUCCUCUUGACCCUGACCUUGGGCAAUGACUCCUGGGACCCUGGGCCUGAGGCCAGCGGGAAGAUGGCUUAGAGAACUCAGGUGUCCUUGUCUGUCUGCUUCGCCACGGUGCCUCCCGACAUCCUACCGAAUGCUUAGUUCCCAUGUUCUGACAGGGGGAGGUGGGGAGGGGUCCUGUCUUUGGGGGCUAUUCUCUGCCUCCUCCAGCUGCCUUCUGCUACCUACCCCCCAUCCCUCAAGCUAGGCUGGAAAGUGGUGAGCACCAUCGAGGGAGAGGCCAGGUAUGCUCUGGGGUCAUACCAAUUUACCGGUUCAGGGGUCAGAACCAGAAGGGCUUUCCCAUGAUCGUCGCCAGAACUUCCCUGCUGUGCAAGUUACCAAUAAUGGAAAAAGAAGGCACCUGGGGCUGAUUCCAAAAUUCCAACCUGUGUCUUCUCGGUACCCUGACCCAAGGAAAUACAGUUUCUUCCCAAGAAGGCAGGAGCAGAAAACAUCCCAAGACCAGUGGGGCUUUUCUCCAGAUGGGGAUGUGUGCCUCUCCCCGAACAUCGAGCUGGGGUCCCUGACCCCAGCAGGGCAGGGCUCCAGGAGAAAUCUGGCUGUCCACUACUUUCCUGACUUCACACAGCAGGUCCAACAAAAGCAGGAGAAUCUGAAGCCCAAGGUCUUAUCAUUCUGGGGACAGGUCAACAAUUUCCAGGGUGGAAACCCAGCCCAUGAUUUCCCAAGGACAAAGACCUGGGCCACUAGUGAGAGAGAGGGUCCCCAGUGGAGCGUAGGCUGGGGAGCAAAGGACUCCCCGAGCCCAGUCCUGGGAGAGUUACUCCCCAACAGGCCUAACGUCUUGCGGGAACCAACAGAGAAGGCCAGCAGAAACCUUCUACAACAGUCGACCUCCGCGUUUCCCUCCUUAAGACCUAGCUCCUCAGUCUGCCGCUAUUACCCACCUUGCUGUUCUAUUUGCUCUGCUUCUCCAGAAGUCUGGCCAAAAAACAGGCAAACGGUGAAACUUAAACCAGCUCUUAUCAGCAGCUGCUCGGAUGACACAUCGGGGCCCCAGAAACGGUUCCACCCAUUUCGGGUGCGCUUUGCAGACGAAAGCCCCAAGGACAUGGCAUUGCGAUACUGGGAGAGGAACUAUGACGUUCAGAGGAGCCUCCUCAAGAGCCCAGUACCCUAUAAGUCUCCAGAAGUUAUUCCAGGGAAAUUGGGGAUUUGGAUGGAGAAAAUCCCAAGGAAUGGACUUCAGCAGACGAACCUGUGGCGAGAUGAAUUCAUUCGUCCUGGGAGAAUGGAUAACAUACCCAUGUCAUUGCAAGAACUGCCUACUGAUAACCUAAAGAAGAGUCCCACCUACAGCUCUCUGCACACCAGCCCAUUGGCCAUUCUUGACUUCUCUGGUACCAGGACAUUCCAGGACCAGGGCACAGAUCCCCUUAAGAAGAACCCCAUCUACAACUCUCUGCACACCAGCACCUCAAAUAAUAUUGAUUUUUCUGGCACCAGGUCAUUCCAAGACCUUCCCGCCGAUUCCCCUAAGAAGAGUCCUACGUUCGGCAAUCUAUACAACAGUACACUGGCUAACAUUGACUUCUCUAAUUCUAGGCCGUUCCAGGAUCUCUGUAUCGAUCCUGCUAAACAUACCUCUUUGUACACCACCCCAGUAAUCAACACUGAUAGGCCACGAAGCCGGACCCUCAACACUGGAGUCUCCUCAUUGAAUGAGAACUCUCCUUCCUUGUGGGCUCCUAGAAUGGAUACUUUUGUACCUCACUUGAUGUCAUCUAAUCGGAAGGGAGGACAGACAGGACCUUACCAGUUUUUUCCUCCACUCACCCCACUUCGGACUCAAAGCACCAACCAAGGCAGCUCUGAGUCUCCCCGAUAGCCAGCUAGCCAGAAUGGCUCCUGAAGAACGAGACAAUAUGAAGAACAACGUGGCAAAUCCAGGGACACAGGGGUGGAGAGAAGAAAGGGACAAUUUCAGCAACUCCCUCUGCCCCCUUUCCCCUUACACUCUCUCUCUCCCCCCAAAUAAAAUUAACUAAAAACA